UAAAAUCCAUGGUGUGGUGGGUUGUUGAGUCAUCCGACGCCAAAUCAAGGGCUUCUCUCUCUCUCCCUGUAUCCAAAUUCCUUCAAAUUCUCGUCUUGAUCCUCAAGUUAAGUGCUGCUUUUGAGUAAUCGAUCAUCUUCAGGUAAGCCUGCUGGAAGCUUCCAACUAAUUUGUAUAUCCUCCGUUAUUUCCCACGACUUCAUGUUUCGGAUCUGUACCGUAAUUAGCUUGAAUUUUGCCUCAGCUUGAAUUUUGUAUUAUUAUUCUAGGGUUGGUAGGUAGGUAAGUUUAUAGAUGGCUUCAAAUCCUCCGUUUAUGGUGGAGGAUACCGAUGAAGACUUUUUUGAUAAAUUAGUAGAUGAUGAUGAUGAUGAUUAUAAACCUGCUGCUGCAUUAUCUGCAAAAGAGGAGAUCAAUAAUAUUGUUGAUGAUAAUGAUUCUGAUGAUGCUAAAGCUUUUGCUAAUUUGAGCGUCGCAACUGGAGCUGAAGGUUUGGGGGAAGAAGAUAGUUCGACAACUAGUAAUAAGGAUUUUAAAGAAGAAGUAUCUGAUGUUACGCAUGUAGAACCAAGUUCAUUCACAGCAGAGAGUGUUACUGAAGCACCCGAUAAUGGUACAGUCCAGUUGGAUUCUACAGCAAGUGGGGAUCAGAUUCAUGGAUCUGGAGGUACUGCUGGUGUUAAAGAGGUGCAAUGGAGUGCUUUCGGUUCUGAUCCUCUGGAGGAUAACAUAUUUGGAGCAGACCCUGGUUUCUUUGAUGAAUUUGGAAAUGCUUCAAUUGAGGAUAGUUUCAUUACUAGUGAAUCCAACGGUGUAGUAAGUAAUUCGUUGCAUGCUGAGGAUGCUAAUACUUACUCGCAUCAACUUCAAUCCGAUCAGGCAUAUGCUAAUGCCACCACGGGGGAACAUGGUCAACAUCCUAAUAGUAGUCAAUACGGGGAGAAUCUUUAUCCUGGAUGGAGGCAUGAUGCAAAUACUGGACAGUGGUAUCAACUGGAUGCGACAUCAUCAUAUGCAGAAGGGGCAAAUAACACAGUCUCUGCUUCUGAUUGGAACAUCACUUAUCAGAAUACAGAGGUUUCUUACUUGCAGCAGUCUGCCCAAUCUGUUGUGGGAGCUGUAGCAGAGAAGGGCACAACGGAAAGUAUUACAAGUUGGGAUUCUGUUUCUCAGUCUGGUCAGAGUUUAUCAAACUGGAAUCAGGGUUCAGAAGCCAACAACAAAGUGUAUCCUUCUCAUAUGGUUUUUGAUCCCCAAUACCCUGGUUGGUACUAUGAUAUGAAUGUCCAAGAAUGGCGAUCGUUGGAUGAUUAUAAUUCGCAGUCAACUGCUGUAGCUCAGGAGGCCGUCAACCAGAAUGGGUAUGGUUCAAGUAAUACUUAUUAUGAAAAUGAACAGAAAACAUAUAGUGGGCAGGAACAAGCUUAUAACUGGAAUGAUUCUUUUAGCAAUGCUGGACGACAGAGUUCAACUAUGUGGCAACCUAAUAAUGUUGCCAACAGUGCCCCAGUGGAAGACUUUAGAAAUAACCAACAAAUAGGUAAUCACUAUGGCAGUAAUUUCCAUGUAGAUAACCAUGUUAAUCAAGAUAAAUUUUACGAUUAUGCGGGAACAGCUUCCAACGCCACCAUCACCCAGGUUAAUAAUGGUUUCCCUGCAGUUUCUGGGUCUCAAUCCACUGUUCCUUAUAGUCAGUCUUUCAGUCAGCCUUUGGAGCAAAGUGAGACCAUGAAUGUCCAAAAGGCGUAUGAAUACCAGAACCAGUUAAGCUAUAUGCAGCAACCGUUUCAGAGUGGUCACCAAGUAUCUUAUGGUUCUGCUACAGGAAGGUCAUCUGCUGGUCGCCCUCCUCAUGCGUUGGUUACUUUUGGUUUUGGUGGGAAACUGAUUGUGAUGAAAGAUAGUACCACUCUCACAAAUGCAUCCUAUGGAGGACAGGACUCAAAUUCAGGAUCAAUUUCUGUUCUUAACUUGGCAGAAGUUGUUACUGGAGGAGCAGAUGUAAAUGACUAUUUUCACAAUCUCUGUCAGCGAUCGUUUCCCGGUCCACUUUCUGGUGGAAAUGCUGGGAGUAAAGAGUUGAACAAAUGGGUUGAUGAUAGAAUUACACACUCUCAAACUUCCGAAGCUGAUUAUAGCAAAGGUGAAGCUCUAAGAUUGCUCCUUUCCUUGCUGAAAUUAGCCUUACAGCAUUAUGGCAAAUUGAGGUCUCCAUUGGGGUCAGACACUAGCUUAAAGGAAAAUGAUGCUCCAGAACUAGCUGUUGCUAGACUGUUUGCAUCCGUGAAGAGCAGUGCAGAAUACAACAAUUAUGGUGCUUUUGCCCAUUGCUUGCAACAUGUACCUUCAGAAGUACAAGUUCAGGAAACUGCUGCUGAAGUUCAAACUCUGCUUGUUUCUGGUAGAAAGAAAGAGGCUCUUCUUUGUGCACAAGAGGGCCAUUUGUGGGGGCCAGCACUAGUUCUUGCAGCACAACUUGGUGAUCAGUUUUAUGUGGAUACGAUUAAGAAAAUGGCUCUUGGUCAGUUAGUACCAGGAUCCCCGCUGCGGACGUUAUGUCUGCUUAUUGCUGGUCAACCAGCGGAUGUAUUUGCAGCCAAUGCUACAACAGAUGGUGCAAUCCCUGGUGCUGUAAAUAUAUCCCAACAACAGUCUAUACAGGGUCAACUUGGUGCUAAUGGUAUGCUUGAUGACUGGGAGGAUAAUUUGGCAGUGAUCACUGCUAACAGAACGAAAGAUGAUGAAUUAGUGCUUCUUCAUCUUGGAGAUUGUUUAUGUAAGGAAAGGAGUAAUAUAAUUGCAGCCCACAUCUGCUACUUAGUUGCAGAAGCAAACUUUGAAGCAUAUUCAGACAGUGCUAGACUGUGUCUCAUUGGUGCAGAUCACUGGACACAUCCCCGUACAUAUGUCUCCCCUGAGGCUAUUCAGAGAACAGAGGUAUAUGAAUAUUCAAAGAUACUUGGAAACUCUCAGUUCACCUUGCUUCCAUUUCAACCUUAUAAACUUAUUUAUGCACACAUGUUGGCUGAAGUUGGAAGAUUGUCAGACUCUUUAAAGUACUGUCAAGCCAUUACAAAAUCGUUAAAAACCGGGCGAAUCCCUGAGGUAGAAAUCUGGAGACAACUGGUCAUAUCCUUAGAAGAAAGGAUAAAAACUCACCAACAGGGGGGGUUUUAUGCAAACUUAGUGGCUCCUGGUAAAAUAGUUGGUAAAUUGCUCAACCUUAUUGAUAACACUGCACAUCGUGUUGUUGGCGGCCUACCGCCGCCUGUUCCAUCAACAUCUGGUGGUGGUGCCCAACAUGACCACCAUCAACAAACGCAGAUGGGUCCUAGGGUUUUAUCUAGUCAAUCAGCAAUGGCAGUGUCAUCUUUAGUGCCAUCUGCGUCUAUGGAGCCCAUCUAUCAGGCAGACGGAAACAACAGAAAUAUGAUGCAUAACCGCAGUGCUUCAGAACCUGCUUUUGGUCGUUCUCCCAUGCAGGAUGAAACGUUGAAGGAAAACUCUGCGGAUUCACAAAGUAAAGCAUCUGGGAAGAUUUCAGGGCGUCGCGGCUUCGGUUUGGGGGCCAUGCUUUUUGAAAAGACGGUGGGUAGGAUUCUACCGCCUCGCCAGGACAAACAGGCAAAGUUGGGGGACACUAAUAAAUUCUAUUAUGAUGAGAACCUUAAGAGAUGGGUGGAAGAAGGGGUUGAUCCGCCAGCAGAGGAAGCGGUCCUUGCUCCACCACCUACAAUGACGACAGCUUUCCAGAAUGGAUCACCAGAUUAUAGCCUUAGGUCCGCUUUAUCAACCGAAUCUACUAGCUCUGAGUUUGCAACCCCAGCACCUGCUAGUCAUACUUCAGGAAUCCCACUGAUUCCACCCACCACAAACCAGUUUUCUGCACGUGCAAGAACGGGGGUUCGAGCAAGGUAUGUUGAUACUUUCAACAAAGGUGGUGGAAACCAGACCAGCUUAUUUCAAUCACCUUCUGUCCCUAACAUUAAACAUCCCAACCCGAACCCAAACUUCUUUGUUCCGACAGCCGUCCCUGCACUGCCUGAACAGCCAGCUGAUAAUCCCCCUGAUAACCAAACUCCUCCCUUGGUUUCAGCUAUAACAGGCCAAUCGGCAAUGAACACGCAAAAAUUUGCAUCAAUGAAUGAUAUGUCGAAAGGGGGAUCAUCAUUAUCAUCAUCAUCAUUAACAUCCACAUCAUCAGUCAACAACCAUUUCACAUCACGAAGAACAUCGUCGUGGAGUGGAAGCGCGGAUCAAGAUUUUUCGGUUCCUGAUAUCAACAAUGAGCAACAGCACAUGUUUAUGCCAAACAAGAUGGGUUUUACACACCCAUCGAAUGAUGAUCUCCAAGAAGUUGAACUGUAAAGCAAACGAGUAGGUUUCCCCUCUCUUAUAUUCUUAUAUAUGUAUACUUGUUGGAGAGAUAGGUUUUGUUAAAUUCUAGAGUGAUGGUUCUGCAGAAAUAGCAGAAGAAAGAGCUUCCAGUGUACAGUUCGUUUUAAAGUGAAGUAGUGUUUUGGUAAAAUAGAUGAGAUAGUGCCUGUAAUUUUUAUUUUUUUUUAAGUUAUAUAUAUUUGAAGUAUAAACUUGCAUUUUAUUAUGUGUUU